AUGAAAUUUGCUGAGCACUUGCGAGAGAGUGUCAUUCCGGAAUGGUCAGAUAAAUACAUCGACUACAAGCUUGGCAAAAAAAAACUCAAAUCGUGCAGAGAGGGCAUCGCAGCGAGCCGAGUGCUUGUCAAUAAUAUUGCCGCGAGUCGUAGUUUUUUGAUUCGCCAAGGAACUAGCGGUCUUCCAACACCGACGAAUAUUCCGUCGCAUUUCGUCAAAGAGUUCAUUGACGAUUGGCUUAUCGCGCAGGAACUCGAAAAGUGCAAUGAGUUCUAUGUUUGGCAGCUAAGACGUUGUUUGACACAGUAUGAGAUCUUGAAGGAACAGAUGAGAAUGUACGAGCUCCAAUGCCAUGUCACCGCAGUCAACAGCUUUGCGGGGCCAGGACCCGAGUAUGGAACGCUCCAGACCCACGAGCACGAUCCGAUAUCUCCAAUGGCAACGAAAGGAAACUGGCGAACAAAAGUGGGUCGGUUCUUACAAGACAACGACUUGAAACCUUCUUUACCAAAAUUCAUAACCAUAAGGAGGUUGCUGAACAAAUCGCCGGUCCGCGCUUCUGAGACUGGCCGCGGUGAAAUGUUUACGCCACUUAAUCUCAAUAAAAGACAAAUCAAAGAGCGCAUUUCGAACGCUCUUAUUGAUUUUUAUCUAUUGACGCAGCUUGUCAAAAGCUAUAGAGAGCUCAACGUAACUGGCUUUCGCAAAAUCGUCAAGAAAUUCGACAAAACCUGUCAGACGCACGAGCUCCCCAGGUUUCUGGCUGAUGCGAAAGUGAACUACGAGCUUUUCCGGCAUGCAGAAGCGUAUGCGCAAAGUGUAGCACAACAAAUGCAUGAGGCGUCACUUCUUAAAUCGUCGGUCACUACCACCAAAAAGCCUGAUCAUUGUGACGAUCCUUUGAGCAAUUGGGAAGCCGCCGUAACGAAAUGGUACACGGAGAUUAUUCCCUCGACCGUGAAAGACCGGAAACACAACGCUUCUAAGCUAAGGCAUAUGUCAUUGCAAUAUUCACUUAGUGAACACAAGGUCCACAGAGUCAACAGCGUCAUUCUACAGAUUUUUGUCGGUGGUCUCGCUCUUGGCGCCUCUUUUGGGCUGGUUGCUUUCACUUUGUAUCGAGGAUUUAAGGCUAAUUCAAAUUCUGAUAUUCAUCAUUUCCUGCUUCCCUUGUGGGGUGGUUGGUAUUUGAUUUUUCUGAUGUCACUUUUCCUUGUUAUCGACUGCUUUAUCUGGCACAGAACCAACAUUAAUUACCGUUUCAUUAUGUUUGGGGAGAUUCAUUCUCGUCACGGAGCCGUUUUAUUCAACAACGAUUUCUCGACGACCAACAUCGCUUUGCUCGUUUAUUUCGUCGGUGUAUUAUUCCUCCCUUUAGCCAUUUUGAGUACUGUGAGCUUUCAUUAUGAGCGACUAAGUCCAAGUGCAAUUAUAUGGGCUGUUACAGUUGUAGUCUUGUUUUUCUGGCCAGCUCGAAAGUUCAAGCUUCUUCCCACUCUACCUUUUUGGAAACAGCUGCUAGUGAGCAAACGCUGGCUGAUGACAACCGCUAUAAGACUGAUAUUUUCGGGGUUUUUUCCUGUUCAAUUCGGAGAUUUCUUUCUUGGAGAUAUAGUUUGUUCUCUGACUUAUUCCAUGGCGGAUAUUUCCCUAUUCUUUUGCUAUUAUACAAGCAAUCCCCUGUGUGCCUUGUGCGGCUCAUCCCAUUCGAAGUCCAUGGCAGCGCUUUCGGCUCUUCCUAGUUUUUGGAGAUUUCUGCAAUGUCUGCGAAGAUUCUCUGACUCUGGUGAUGCGUUCCCUCAUUUAUGGAAUGCUUUGAAAUACGCUAUGGGAGUUGCAUACAAUGGAUCCCUAGGCGCCUACAGAAUGUCUCAUGCGUCUUCCAAAAAGCAAGGUUUUAUUGUCUUAGCAACAUUGAACAGUCUUGUGACUUCCCUCUGGGAUAUUGUUAUAGAUUGGUCGCUGCUUCAACCAGGAUCGCGAAAUUGGUUAUUGAGAGAUGACUUAUACCUUGCAGGUCGCAGAAAUUGGCGAAAUGGUGCAUACUCCUCUGGAAAACGGAGCAUCUACUAUUUAGCAAUGAUCUGGGAUGUGCUCAUUAGGUUUGAAUGGAUAGUCUAUGCUGCUGCCCCGCAGACAAUUCAACAAAGUGCCGUCACCAGUCUUGUUCUAGCGGCUUUAGAGGUAGGGAGAAGAUUCGUCUGGGUAAUAUUUCGUGUUGAAAACGAGCAUGUUGCGAACGUCCAUCUUUUCAAGGUUACGGGUGAAACAUCCCUUCCAUAUCCGAGCACAAUCACGCCUGACUCUGACUCAAAUUCUAUACUUGAUGGACACUACGCAAUGUCCACUGUUAUUUCAUCUGAGGCAAGUGAUAAGCCCAAGCCCGAGCACGGUGAAAGUAGACACUCAUUUUUCAGGACCGCAAGUAAUACCAUUCCUUGGGCCCACGCUCAAGAUUUCCAAAGACCGACUGGUAAUUCUGGCUCAGAAAGGGCGAUCGAAAGCGAUGAAAGUGAGAGUGAAGUUGAGAGCAUGGUGUGA